AUGGUAGAGCCGGUAGAUAAAAGUUUUGUCCGACAAUUCUUUGGGGAUAAACCAGGACAGGCCUGCGCCUAUGUGUUGUUUUACCGAGAAACUACAGUGGAGGCAAUGCGAAAAGAUCAAGAAGCGGAAGGUCUCGAUCUAGUAGCUGCCGCUUCAGAAGUAGCAGAUAUUUCAUCGGGACAUCUACAACAAAAUGGCACAUAUCUCUCUUCCAACUCGAAACAGGUUUUGGCAACGCCUAGCACACCAAUUGAGAGCGACACCAAUGGAUUUGGAUCUCUCGACCACGCACUAACCGCACCUCCCUUGACUUCCUCUACUGCAGGUAAUCCAGCACCUAGUCGAACCCCUACUUCACCUCUCGACGCAUUUAAACCCAAAACUAAGGAAGAAAAGGGACGGGAAAAGAAACUUGAGAAGGAAGCGGAAAAGACUCGGAAGGCAGCUGACAAGGCCGCUGAGAAGACUGCUGCGAAAGAGAGAAAGGCACAAGUAGCGGAAUUGAAAAAGACCAAUGCUUUUAGUAAACAAACGGCAACGGGGGAAAUGAGAAGACGACAAUCAAUAGCUACUACUAGUCAAAAGGAAAAUAAUGGGAAUGGGAAUGAGAAGAGUGAUAGUAAAGGCUUUGGCGGUUUAAGUCUGAGCAGGGGUCACAAAGGAAGUAAGAGUAUGAGUAGAAAGAGCUUAGCAUUUUUAAGUGGAAAAAACGGGGAGAAGGAAAAGGAAAAAGAGAAAGAGAAGAGUGGAGAGAAGAGUGGAGAGAAUACCAAUAUACCCGACUCAGGCAGUAGUACGAAUCUGAAUACGGCAGUUGAAGGAACAUCGGGACCUCAAACACCGGAGAAACAUGAGAGGGUUAAGAAGGAAAGAUUUUCGUUUGGAGGCUUGGGACGAAAGAAGAGUAGUUUGUGGAGUCCGGGUGGUGGAUAA